GACGCCCAGGGGGCCGGGCGGCAGCGCCCAGAUGCUGCGACAGCGACGGUGCGGAGGGAGGUCCGGCGGAGCAGCAGGAGCCGCCAGAGGCGUGCGGAGUCGCGCAGCAGGUUCCCGGACUCUGACGGCGCCCGGUGGUGCUGGACGAGCGCCCGCGCAGGACCGGGCGCCUCGGUUCUCACGCUCCAGCCGGUUCCUGGCAAAAUGAAGGACCGGCUGUCAGAACUUCUGGAGUUAACCAGGCAGUAUGACCAGCAGUUCUCAGACGGAGAUGAUGACUUCGACUCGCCCCACGAGGACAUCGUGUUCGAGACGGACCACAUCCUGGAGUCCUUGUACCGAGACAUCCAGGACGUCCAGAAUGAAAACCAGCAGCUCCUGGCAGACGUGAAGAGGCUGGGAAAGCAAAACGCCCGCUUCCUCACGUCCAUGCGGCGUCUCAGCAGCAUCAAGCGUGACACCAACACCAUUGCCAAGGACAUCAAGUCCCGUGGAGAAAACAUCCACCGCAAGCUGCGCGCCAUGAAGGCGCUGAGCGAGGAGGCGGAGGCCCGGCAUGGACCAAACUCCGCGGUGGCACGCAUCUCCCUCGCGCAGUACAGCGCGCUCACCCGCACCUUCCAGAGUGCCAUGUACGAGUACAACCAGGCGGAGAUGAAGCAGCGUGACAACUGCAAGAUCCGCAUCCAGCGCCAGCUGGAGAUCAUGGGCAAGGACGUCUCGGGCGACCAGAUCGAGGACAUGUUCGAGCAGGGCAAGUGGGACGUGUUCUCCGAGAACCUGCUGGCUGAUGUGAAGGGCGCGCGGGCGGCCCUCAACGAGAUUGAGAGCCGCCACCGGGAGCUGCUGAAGCUGGAGGGCCGCAUCCGUGAUGUGCACGAGCUCUUCCUGCAGAUGGCCUUGCUGGUGGAGGAGCAGGCCGACACCCUCAACGUUAUUGAGCUGAACGUGGCUAAGACCCUCGACUACACCGGCCAGGCCAAGGCGCAGGUGCGCAAGGCCGUGGAGUACAAGAAGAAGAACCCCUGCCGGACCAUCUGCUGUUUCUGCUGCCCGUGCCUCAACUAGCAGGCUGGCCUGGGACCUCACACUCUAUCCUAACCUGAACGGGCUGGGAAGCGUAAUGGGAAAGAUUUGGGGGCUCCCUGUAUGGGGAUGAGUUGUCCCGACCCCUAUGGGACCUCAGUCUUUAGAGAAAGAAGGAACUCGAGGUCUGAAAAUUCCAACCCAGCCCAUGCUUGGGACUACAGUUGAUGCUGUCCGAUGUUUCUUCAGUAAGUACAGAGAUAUAGCCACUGAAGUUGUGUAAGGUCAUCGUAUGGCAAAUUGCACCCUUGCCUUUUUAACGGAAGCCAAAUAAAGAACUGAUGUUGUAGCAUAUUGUAGGGUCCUUGUCCCAGACACGUCUUCUAGGAGGGUGUCAAUUCUGCACUGGCUAACAGUAUGAACUCAUCAAAACAAAUGUCAUUUACUCUGUCCCGGAAGUACCUUGGUUCUGUUCAGUUUCACGUCUUUCAUUUCAGAUUCUUUGUCUGGUUAAUGCUGUGUGAUCCCUGCCUACAAGUACAUCUUCUUUCUGCUCGCCUCCAUACUUAUUCGAAGGCCAGCACUCGGGCCACUGAGCCACACCAGUCAGGGCUCACAUCCACACUUACUAAAAUCACGUUUAACACUCACUAUUUUCUUUCACUUUUAUUAUCUUCUCUCAGAAUAUAGUUUGGGAUAUUUCCCCCCAAAUGUUUUUUAAGCACUGGGUUUUGAAGAAGCACUCAAAUUGGUGAGUGUAUCAGUCAUGUUUUAUAUUUUUUCAUAAAUAAAAGUAAUUUAAAAUUUAUCUUUUUUAUGUAAUUACAAAUGCACAUACAUAUGUAAAUGUGGAGUACUGAUAUUCACUAACAUGUACAUAGUGACUAACUGGUUUUCCUUUUACUUUUGUACAUAUAGACUGUAAAUACCAAGAAAAACACUUUUUCUGGUUGUUGGUGUGGGUUUUCUCGUUUUGAGCUGAUCUCACGCUCAUCUCACACAUAUCUGGUCCAGUUGGGCCAAAACGUUACUUUGAACAACUCUGUGUCAGUUGUGGUGAUAAAGACCAAUGUCAACAGCUGUUGUGGAGACAGAACCAGAGAUAAUAAAAGACAUUCU